AUGGAUUUCCAAGAGGCUUUCUUGCGAUCAAAUGACAUCUCCUUCUCAGAUGACGUACGGCUUCGCGAGAAGCAAUUCCUGCUAUCAUGCGAACGAGGUGACAUUGGUAGCGUCAGGAAACUGUUGGCGAUCAAGGACGGGCUCAACAUCAACUGCGUUGAUCCUUUAGGAAGAAAUGCACUAUUGAUCGCCAUCGAGAAUGAGAACAUAGAAAUGAUCGAGCUGCUCCUCGACCAUAACAUCGAAACGGGUGACGCGAUCCUCUACGCCAUCGGAGAAGAGAAUGUCGAAGCAGUUGAGAUCAUAAUUGAACACCUGGAGAAGAUUGACAAGUUCAAUCCCGAGGACAACUACGAGUGUAUCAAGCUGUUCCUCGACAAAAAAGGCACAGUGCCACAUCCCCACGACGUCCAUUGCUCCUGCCAUGAAUGCGAAGUGAUUCGUGAGGAGGAUUCGCUGCGACUGUCGCGAUCUCGCAUCAACGCCUAUCGGGCUCUGGCGUCACCGUCGCUCAUCUGCCUCUCGGCCAAGGACCCGAUUCUCUAUGCGUUCGAGCUGUCGUGGGAGCUGAGGCGCCUUUCUUACAUCGAGAACGAGUUUCGUAGCGAAUAUCAGGAGCUUUCUCAAAAAUGUCAGAAGUUCUCGGUGAAUAUGUUGGAUCAAGUGCGAGGGUCGAAAGAGCUCGAGAUUGUGCUCAAUCAUACGACAACUGCCUGGGAAGAGGUGACAACAAGAGGCACUCCAACGACGGAGCAGCUAGCCCGAUUGAAGCUCGCAAUCAAAUUACGGCAGAAGAGGUUUGUCGCUCACCCGAACUGUCAACAGCUGCUGUCCGGUCUUUGGUAUGAAGGAUUGCCCGGGUUUCGAAAUAUGAACAUUUGUCUUCAAGCCGUUGGGCUGGCAUUUCCGAUUCUUUCAAUUUCAUAUUUACUCGCGCCCAAAUCGGCGAUCGCUCAGUUUACCCGUAAGCCUUUCGUGAAAUUCCUUUCGCAUUCCGCCAGCUACAUCGUCUUCCUCGCGCUUCUUAUCAUGGCUAGCCAACGAAUCGACGACCGCGUCGACAACAUGUUUCGUGAAGAAAAUGCGCCUUCGAGAAAAGAAGGCCGAGGACCGUCUCCCACACCUGUGGAAAUGGCCAUCACUAUUUGGGUUCUUGGUUUAAUAUGGGUAGAGAUCAAGCAGUUGUGGGACUGCGGCCUCCACGACUACUGUCACAACUUAUGGAACAUUCUCGACUUUAUCACGAACUCACUCUACCUCUCCACGCUGGCUCUGCGAACUGUUGCCUAUUAUCAGGUCAAUCAGGAGAUGAAGGACCCACGAACGCAGCAUAUUGGGCGCUUUCUUCAAAGGAAGGACUGGGACGCAUGGGAUCCGACGCUGGUCAGCGAAUGUGUGUUCGCCACUGCCAACAUUUUCUCGUCGUUGAAACUCGUACACAUCUUCACCGUCAAUCCUUACCUCGGACCAUUGAAAAUAUCGUUAGGUGAGAAAGUGAAGAUUCACUUG